GCCGCGGCGAAAAGGUGGGAAAAUGGAAGGAGACACACGUGACCGUGAACCGACGUCGUGCAACGCCACUCUCCAACUUCCUUUGAACGUCCGACAGCCCAACCAUGGCCCUCGAUGCUGCGUUCCUGGAGGUCCACACCGACUCGGCCCUCCACCCCUGCACCCUGAGCUGGAACAACCUCAAUUUCAAAGUACCUUCCAAGACGGAAGAAAAGCACAUCCUGCGCAACAUCAGCGGCCGAUGUGUCCCUGGCCAACUCACUGCGAUCAUGGGACCAUCCGGCAGCGGCAAGACGACGCUCCUGGACAUUCUGGCCGACCGUGUUUCGAGCGGCGAAAUUUCGGGCGAGAUCGAAGUGAACGGGAAACCCCGCGACAAGAACUUCCGCCUUCUCACGUCCUACGUCGCGCAAGAAGAUUCGCUCUUGGGGUCGUUCACCGUGCUUGAAACGCUGCGGUAUGCCGCCAAGUUGAGUGUGGCCAAGACUGUGUCCGCCAUCGAGCGCGAGAGCCGAGUGCAAGAAGCCAUCGACGACAUGGGGCUGCGAUCGUGCGAACACACGAUUGUCGGCGACAUCUUCCGCAAGGGUCUCUCCGGUGGCCAGAAGCGCCGGUUGAGCAUCGCCAUUGAGCUCCUGAGCCACCCGACGAUCCUCCUGCUCGAUGAGCCAACGUCGGGCCUCGACUCGGCCUCCACUUACGCCCUCAUCAAUUACAUCGCCAAGCUUGCCAAGCAAAACCGCACCAUUGUGUGCACGAUCCACCAGCCGAGCUCGGUCGUGUACAACAUGUUUGAUAACGUCAUGAUCCUGUCCAAGGGCAGCACGGCAUUCUUUGGACCGCCCAGUGCGUCGCUCACGCACUUCGCCAGCAUCGGCCACCCGUGCCCCCAGUUCACCAACCCCGGCGAGUUCUUCCUGCAACUCGUCAACACGGAUUUCGAAGGUCACGCAGACAUCGAUGCGAUCUCGAUGGCGUUCACCACGAGCGACCUCAACAAGAGCUUGCAUGCGGGUAUCCAAACCGAUCGCACGACGCUUGCCUCGAUUCAACUCCCCAAGGAGUUCAAAAACGACAUGCGACCGUCGGCCCUGGCCCAGCUCGCCAUGCUCCUCCACCGCAACUCGCUCAACAACGUUCGCAACCCCGGUGUGUACGGCGUCCGCAUCGUCAUGUACAUCAUGCUGUCGCUUAUGGUCGGCAGCGUGUACGUGUUCAACACGAGCGAAGAAGACCUGACCGCGCUGCUCUUUUACGUCCAAGCGUUCUUGGUCUUUAUGAGCGUCGCAGUGCUUCCGUUCUUUAUCGAGCAACGGGUCGUGUUCAACCGCGAGCGCGCCAACAACUCGCUCAGUGUCGGGAGUUAUGUCGUCGCCAACUUUCUCGCGGCGCUGCCGGGCAUCUUCCUCAUUGCGCUCGUGUCGUCGGGGAUUGUUGUGGGGCUGGCCGGCCUGAACUCGUUCGGGUACUUCUUGCUCAACUUGUUCUUGAGCCUCGUUGUGGCGGAAUCCCUCAUGCAUGUCCUCGGUGCGACGGCGCCCCACUACAUCAUCGGGAUUGCGCUCGGUGCGGGGGUGUUUGGUAUGUUUAUGCUCGUGGAAGGCUUCAUGGUGCCGUACAAGUCGAUCCCGUCGGGCUGGCGAUGGGUUCACUACAUUGCAUUCCACAGCUACUCAUUCAAGUCGUUCAUGUACAAGCAAUUCGAGCCCAUGAAGACGCCGGCGUCGCAGGCCAUCCUGAAGCGCUUCAACAUCGAAGAAGUCGACGUUGACGCGUACAUGAUCGUGCUAGUUGGCUACGCCCUGCUCCUCCAAGUCGUGUUUGCCUUCAUCUUGUGGAAAUGGCACACCGGUCGUCGCUAGAGCCCAGGAUGUUGACUACCCACCUUAAUAUAUGACCCCAACAAACUCA